AUGUUACAGGUGGAAAAGUGGACAUCAUUACUUCAAUCGGAUAAUACUCAGGUUCUAGAAAAAGCAUUAAACUCUUUUGCCGAGCUCUCUUGCAAAAUCGCAACAGAAGCUGUUGACAAUGAAGUUUCCGAGGAAUCCGCUUUUCUCAAGUCGUGGUUUAAAACUUCGCCAAAUUGCUCAGAAUUAUUGCGAGUUUGGAUAUAUACAACAUCGAACUCUGUUACAACACUAGAUUCGGUAUUAGAUUGUCUUGGCUAUGCAUUGAUAUCCUCUCGAUUAGUCGGAUAUUGGGCUGUAGGAACGAAUCUUUCAAAAACAAUCAUUUCCAAUCAUCUCAAGGACAUUUACAAUAAUCUGGCCAGUGAAAAACAGUCUCUUGUUAUCAGUACACUCAAACUGCUGCUAUCAAUGGCUAGCCAUGGAGGCAGUGUGACUAGAUUGUUGAUGGAUUCAUUUGAUUUUACAUCCAAGACUUUUACAGGACUUUUAAAAAGAAGAAAAUUGGGAAAACCUACAGGGAAAAUGCUUGAAGACAUUCGAUCGUUGAUGAUCAAGUUUAUUCUAGCAUUUAUCACUAAUGGGGACACACUCGUUAAAAGCUCAUUGUUAAGCGUCAAGAAUCUAUACACUGCAAUUUUUAUUGGCAUAAAAGACGACAAUUAUGAGACUGUUCAGUUUAUUCUUUCUAUACUACAAACCAAUAUCGUUGAUGAUCUGCAUUUGUCUCGAACCAUAAAAAUAGGAUUUUUCCCGCGAAUUGUACUGGAUAAUCUUGUUCCACUUUAUUCGUUCAAAAGUCUAGACUCUCCGCGAGUAGUAUCUCCGAGUAAUCCAAACCAAACAAUUGCCGACAUUGUUCAUGCAUUUUUCAUGCACAUUUCAACCACUCCUGGAGUUGGUAUUUGUUUUAGCGAUUUGGGUUGGUAUCCAGCUGUUUUUAAAAACAAUCCCAUUGCCACUAUUGGUACUACACACACACUGGAUUCUGGGACUGGCGCUCAUCAAUUUUUGCAGCAGCCAAAAAUUGAUAGUGGCAAGGUUUACAACAGAGCUUUGCUCAGAUUAAUUACAUCUUUAAAACUUUCAGACGAUAUGCGUCAACGAGAACUGUUUCUUGGCAUUCUUGCGGCUUGUCCAGAACUAGUGCAUUCGUUUUGGGCCAGUUGCACUGCUUCACUGUCUUUCGAGCCACGAUCAUCUACUCGAUAUCUCUCGAAUACAACCAUGGCGCUUGCAAUGAUUAGAUUGCCUGUUCCCACCGAAUUUCUAGGAAAACUUUCUACAACUAUACUAGCACCUCCUCCAUUAGAGAAUGCGCUUUCCAACAUACUUCCCCCACUUCUUUCUCGAGCCCUUAUAGCACGCGCACUUCAACACUCGUCGAGGGAUAUUAGAUUUGCUUGCUCGUCUCUGUUGUCUGGAACAUUAGAAAAGUAUACCCAAGUCAUUAAUGAAACAGAUGAAAUCAUUUUUCGUUUAAAUGCCUCUGGUGUUGUAAAUGCUUCUGCAGCAAUUCAAAUGUGGAAAAAAUGGGUCAUGGAACUAUCUCAGCAGCUACGUCAUCAGAUGCCAGACGUUCAAAUGGUCAUUUCGCUUCAGCAAAACGUGGAUCGGCAAGAAGAAGAAGAUAGCACAUCUCUUGAUGAUUUGAGGAUUGCAGCUUUAUCAUUUAUUCGUGGAUUUCAAAGGCAUUUUCCUGAGCUCUUUCGUGAAUCUCGAUUUGAUUUUGGAAAACUUAUUCCGCCGACGCUUUCUGAAGAAUCUGUCGAUUAUCAAAAAGCUGUGGUUCUAGUUUUGAAAGAAAUUUACGAUUUUAAAGUAUUGACAAAAUAUCCAAAAUCAAAAUGGACGCACUUUGUGACAUUGAUAAGAAUUGCAACACAGAGCAAUGAUUCUGAUCUUGUAAAAGAAAUUUUGAAUUUGUUGAACAGCACACUCAACCAAAACUUUUGCUUCCAAGAUUAUCCGGAUUACUUUUUGGUAAUUGUGGAUUUACUAUCUGUGUUCCCUCUUGAACAGCGCAUCAUUCUGAUUGAGUAUCUAGAUAAUGCAUUUUGCAGUUGUAAUCAAAACUGUAUGAUGAUAUCUGACACCAUUUCACGACUAACUCAACAAGCCGAAUUGAACACAAUGCCUCUGCAUAGUGUUUUACAAUCCAAUGCGAUGGAUGUUGAUCUUCUUGAUACUAAAAAGCCUAAAUCUACUCAAUUUGUAUUUCCAUUUCCUCCAAUACUAAUGUCGUUGAUCAGGACUACUCUCAAAGAAUGUGGGUUUGGAUUGACCACGCUUUUUGUUGCAUCGUGCGUUCAAGCGACUUUCGCCAUGUCCACGUCUUUAUUUUCCAUCAAGCUUUUUCAUCGCCUUCUUUACGACGAUCAUUGGCCAGAUAAUGCACUACAAUCAAGCAUUAUGCCGCUUUGCAAAUAUUGGGUACGCUCUGUUAUUGCAGACCUUUCUAAUGACAAUGAGCCUCUUGAUUUUAAUUCCAAAGACACGUCGAUUGGAUGGAAAGAAGGGAAAGCAAUGAUCAAACAAUUCGUUUCAUCCAACGUUAGUCCUGCUAUCAACGCAGGAUUUGUAUGCAAGUACGCAACCAAAAUAGUCACGUCUUUCAAGUCGCAACACAAUUCACUUGGGGUAUAUAUUCAAGUGUGCUCUCCUCUUCCAGACGCAAGCCUAAUGCUUCAUCUUAUUGAAUCUGGGGACAGUGAAUUUUUUACAAGCAAUCACUUGGCUGUCAUUCCAAAUAUUUUUGGCCCUUUUGCUAUGGAUGCUCUUGCAGACCAUAGCAUUAUUCAAUCUUAUUUUGUAAAUCUAUUCUCGCAACCCAUCAGUUUGGAGAAUACUCGGCUGUAUUUGCUGCAUUUAGGAUCACUGCUGCUUUGGACAAAUGCCUCUGUUCAAAAAUCAAAGUCUUUCAAAGCAAUAGAGUCUCGUGUAAAACUUUGUUUGAAGCUGGUGUCAGUGACUCUUAAGCAGUCUAUUUUGACCGAAAACAAUGCUUGCGGUCGUGCUGUGAUUUCGAUGAUCUUCAACCACUCUUUAAUUUUACACCUUUUUCUGAAUUCCGAGGAUUGCAGCACAGUGUCUCUAUUAUGUCAUAUUCAGGCUACUGAUGAAUUUCAAGUGGAUUUAUAUGUCGAAAAGUUUUGGAUCUAUGUAGAAUCGCUCAUCAAUCUAUCAGCGACAGCAUCCGAGUCAUCAACGAUUACGGAUGUGGCAUUGCAGCAAUUCCAAUCAGGUGCUUCUACUCUCAUGCAGUUUUUAAACGCUGAUGAUAUCAAGUCCCGAAUAAUGGUUCUGAUUCAACAAUCUGAUCGAAAUCGUCUACAAGAUGAGAUUUUGUUUACAUUAAUUUCCACUUAUAUUUCUGUUGAAAAAUCCAGAUCGCGCACUUGUGUCAAAAUGCAAGGCGAGCUUUUUAAAGCACUGCUGCUAGCAUUGACAUGCCAUCAUGCGGAAGCUGAAAAGUUGAUCACACAGUUUAUAGGAAACCCACAAGAUGAUAUCAAAAAUAUACAACACUACAGUAUUUCUGGAGAACUCGCCGUUGGAAUGAAAUCCCAAAAUCUUAACAUUACUUUAAACGCGGAUGUUCCUUUAGAUAUUUGGUCUGUUUUAACACCAGAGUCACUUGUAUCUAGUAUUAAGGCUUUCAACAAUGACGAUCUUUGGAAUUUUGCAACUAAAAAUGCAGUCGCGAGCAUUCCACAUGCUUUGCAUUUGCUGCAGUUUUUUAAAAAAAAGGCUUCGUCUAAAAAAUUCAAAAAAGUCCAGGAUGGCAAGACUUCUCUGCAAAUAAGAUCCGCUCGUGUUGUUAGAGCCAUUAUUCAAGCGUGGACAGUUGUGUCAAAUCAUGGCUGUGGAAAGAUCCAGUGGCUUGAUAAUAUUGUAUCUGAACAUACGCUACUUUUAGCUGAUGUUGCUGUCAAUGUUGCUGAUUUAGAGUUGAAAACCAUAGAAUCGUGUUUGACUGGAGUGUCUUUGGAUUGUGAUCAGCACCAAUCUACGUUGACUGCAUUUCCUGCAUUUGCUCUUUUGUUUGAUAAUAGUUUGCCGUCCGAUUGGCUGCCGAGUUUAGUAUCCCGGAUUUUAAAGACAACAAUCAAAUCGCUGGAAUUAUCAACAUCGACACUCAUCGCAUUGUGGCCCAUGUUUAUAAAUCUUUCUGAUCGAUAUACAGAUGUUCCUUUUGGCGAUUUGGCUCUGUUUGUGAUACAUUCAGUUUAUUCUCAAAAAAAGCGCGAGGCAAUUGAUUCACCACUUAAAACAUCUCUUUCCACGAUUGUUGCCUGGUUUGCUUCUUCUGAGCAGAGUCUUGCUUUAACUACAAUACAGAAUAUUGCACUAGUUAAAGCAGUGUUUAUGAUUUGCCUUAAAUUCCGGUUCACUGAUCCCUGCGCCAUGUUGCUUUUAAAGCAUCUGGUUAUUCGUUUCUACCCCAGCACGACAACUCCUGCUGGACUCUUAUCAGCACCCAAUCUAGUGAAUAUGAUUACAUCGCACUCUCAGUUUGAUGAUGUUAUGGAACCCAUUGCGACUCCUGGUUUAGAAGCAUCUCUGCGGUCAUCACCUAUUCCGCAAAAUUCAGAAAGUAAAUUUAAUCUGCUUCAGCUAUUGCAAUGCAUCAUGGAAGUAGAUCCAAACCAAUGUUGUUUACCGGAAUAUUUACCAAAAAUUGUACGGUCAUACUAUGGAACAUUAUCGCCCUGUGAUCGUGCUACUUUAUCACUUUUGUUCAUCUAUGAAACACAUGCGUUUAUCUCCAUCUCACCUUAUAUUGGAAGAUGGGGGGCUAUUCAAACAGAUAAAUUAAAUUCAAAUGCGCUGCAUCAACAUACUUAUGCCGAUCCAAUAGCUCCAAUUAACUCACGGUGGAUGGCACGCUCAUUGGGCUGGUUUUCAGUUGGUACUGAAAUGGAUUCCUUUGCCGAUGUUUCUGCUAUAAAUCCCAGUAAUCCAAACGACACGAGCAGAUUUGAAGUUCAUUCUUCUAGUCUCGCGUAUUUGUAUGAUCCCAAUUUUAUUCUCCCUCUUGUUGCAGGUGCUCUUUCUAGUAUAAAUCAUCCGCUUGAUCUACUUUGUCUUAUUGAAAGCAAUGCACUAGGAUUGGUUAUUAUGGCUCUUUCUUCUAAAAGCGAUGCUACACGUCGUUUGGCACACUUUAUUCUCUGCAAGACAUACACGGCCAUCAGAGACUCGGAUCUAACACAGCGCAAUCAACUCAUGAUACUACUCCAAAGUCUCAAAAAUAUCAUUAUUCCAAUAUCUUCAAUCAAAAAUGCACCUCCAGACCCUAUUCCAGCAUCUAUGGCGGCAUUCUUUGCGCAUGCUUUGAUUGUUUUGCUGAAGCCAGAAGGAAUCAUGUUUCAACCCAUUUACCGAUUUCUUCUCUACCGACCAUUGCUAGAAAUGCGUAGCAUUCCACUUCUCAAUAUUCUAUUUUUCUCAUCUUCAGACUCGAAUGUUCGUGAGCGUAUGUGGAUUUUGCGUGUCCUUUCUGCAGGACUUAAAUCCACAUCUGACUAUCGUCUCUACCAACACAAACAUGUGAUAGAGAUUCUUAUGAGCUAUUUCCAUUCCUCAAUGGCAGAUACAGGCACUCGCAAAAUGGUACUAGAGAUUCUGUUCAAGGCCACUAAUGAUUUGACUGUAGUCGCCACAAUGGUGAUUAGAUCUGGUCUUUUAGGAUUUUUAGAAGGAUGCUGUAUUCAACUGGAUACAUCCGAGGUAUCUGAAAUCAUGCUUAGUCUAUCGGUGUUAGUACAUCGGAUACUGUGCUGUUUUAAUACUGCCAUGAUGUCUUGGACAGAGAGUGGUCGAAGUGGUGCUCAUUUAUGGAUUGCUCAAAUGGCACGCUUGACAAAUAUUCUUGUUUCCAGAUUGCUGGAGAUCAAGAAUGGCAGCGGUCAGCGAUAUGCUAAUUUGGUGUUGCGCAUUCUUCAGGUCGUUCAAGCCGUGACUACCAUUUCAUCCAAUGCUGGUGUUUCUAUAUGUAUUCUUGGAAUAGAGUCCAUUGAACAAUUGUUUAUGGUUACCAAGUCUCUCUGUCCAACUGCCAAUCUUCUUGAUCCUUCAGUCAACUUGACUCGGUUAGAUUCUGAUGACAAUAACCGUUUACUGCAAGAUUCAAGCAGCAUAGCAUCUACUGCAGAUGUGGAUUUCCUUUUUUCAUUCAAAAAACUAUCCUCUCAUAAAGUGUAUCAAGAAGCAACACGCUCUUUUUUCUCAAUCCUUGGAAAUAUCAAUGUAUCGCCCAAACUUGAACGUGACCAGUUUGUUCUCGUUGUAAGGCAGUUUGAAAAUCUGGUAGAUCAUUUUUGCUUUUUGUUUGAUGUAUAUCAACUUGAGCAUAUUGUUGCAUGGAUUGUGCGGUGUAUUCUUGAAUCUUCCGCUGAAGAUAGCCUAGUUUUGUAUCUGGUGCGCGAUGCUCCUAGCACUUUUUAUGGAGUACUUCGUGUACUUUUCACUGGAUUAGAUGCUGGUUACAGUCCACAAGGUUACACUUGCCAUCGACUUUGGCAUCUAUCGUUGGCUGGUAUUGUGAUGAUUGCCCGAUCAUUUACGCCAGUUGACUCUAAACAUUCUGAAACUGGCAAAUUGGAUGACUGGAGAGUUCGGAUCUUGACCUCUGUCAUGCCAAAGUUGACACCAUUUGUACAAUCUCCUCGAUCGCUUUUGAGCGUGCCUAUUGCAUCAACUAUUGACUUGCCUACUCCUUCAUACGAAGCUGUCAAGCUUGGACAGCUUCUUCGGCUGGCCAUAUGCGCUUCGUCAAGUGAUACCAUCAUUGCAUGGAAGCCUGUUGUCGAGUUCUCCAAAUAA